AUGAAACUGACAGCCGACAGUCAGCUGGAUGAAACUGACAGCCGUGACGUUACAUAUCAGGAUGAGACUGUCAGCCGUGACAGUCAGAGGGCGAAAUCCACAGCCUCAGUUGAUGAGGCUGACAGCCGUGACAGUCAGCAGAAUGAGGCUACAGCCGUGACAGUCAAGGUGAAUGAGGCUGACAGCCGUGACAGCUUCGAGGCGAACGAUAGCCGUGAAGUUACAGUCAGGAUUACGGAAACUGACAGCCGUGAUAGUCAGCUGGAUGAAACUGACAGCCGUGACAGCCGCUGGAUGAAACUGGAUGUUUUACAUCAGGAGGAUGGGGCUGACAGCCGUGAGAGUCAGCAGGAUGAGGCUGACAGCCGUGACAGUCAGCAGAAUGAGGCUUACAGCCGUGACAGUCAGCAGAAUGAGGCUGACAGCCGUGACUGGAUAUGA